AUGACACAAAUCAGGAUUGGAGAUGACAAGUGUACAAUAAUACGCCUCUCGGAGCCACUAAAAGAGGCAUAUGCAAAGGAGCACAAUCUUGACUGCAAUCGACUGCUCGACUCAUCCGACUACAAGGAGCUGUAUCGUGCUAAGAUGGUUGCCUGGGGCGAGGAGAAACGCAACAAGGACCUGUCCUAUUUCUGCCGCUUGGCGGUCAAGAAGAGGGGCCAGCCAGAGUUUCCCGUGUGGAUAGUGAGCGAUGCUCGAAGAGAGAGCGACAUUGAGUAUUUCCGAGAGUCCUUUGCCUGCCCCACGCUCACUGUCAGGGUUAAGGCGUGCGAAGGCACACGCCAAGCCCGUGGGUGGGUGCACACACCGGGUAUUGAUGAUGCCACAACGGAGUGUGGACUCGACCACAUAGACAACUGGGAUUUUGUGAUAAGCAACAACGAUGGUGACGACUUGGAAGGCCAACUUGAAUCUGUUCUUCAAGCUGUGCACCAGCAUUGUUCAUGACAUGCAAAAGACUUUCUUCAAGACUGCAUUUUCUGCCUGUGCCAAGCCUCGUUAACAUAACCAUAUCUAUAUUGCUCACUACAAUCAGCUUCUGCAUUCAUAUUGAUGUUCAACGAAGCAUUCCAAGCUUUUGCGAAGGCAAUCAAUGUUUUGAAAACUGAGCUGUGGGAGUCUACACAUCUGUUCAACUGUUUUUCUCGUUUUCCUGAUAUUAAACACGUUUAAAUGUCACCAGUCAUAAAUACCAUUCAUUGUCCAGUAAGGCGCACUGGUUGGCCAUUAAGUUGUGCGCUACCCUUUCUGUACACCAAAAUAAUACCAAAUUUGCACUUAAAAUGCCCCCUAACACUUUUUGAGAGAUCGCUUUUUGUUUCAAGGUUGCAUGAAUUUGGACGAUUAACAGACAAAUGCACUAAGAAUGCAAUCAAUAAAGGUCUGUCAUAGAGUUUCCUAAAAUUAACUCUGGUGCUGCGACCAUGGGAAUGAUAGGCAGUACACGGAUUUGCCUAGUCUUUGUACUUGCGGGAUACGAAUCGCACUUGUGGCUUCGUUUAUUGCUGUGUUUCGGUUUUGUUUCGAAGGAAAGAACAAACCCUUUUAAACUUCGUGAGGCGGUUAUAGCUUCUCGCGCCCACAAAGCUGAUGGCUGUAUGGUUGACUACUUGUUACUGUCUCAUUAUUGCUGCCCAAAACAUGAGUACAUCUGUUUCUAUGCAGCGCUAUUUUACACAAAUGAUGUCGCUGUGGUUGCCCUUCCAGUUUUAGGGACUAAGAAACUCAGUCUUUUGGAGACUCAGUCUUAUUGGCAAUAAGAUGAAGGAUUGUCAUAACUCUUGUUAUUUUUCCAACGGGUGCACAAGCCUACCGUUUUCUUCUGUGCACUCAUACAGGCUUGUGUGCACUCACUUGCGCUACGGAAGUGCACACCAAUUGUUCUGCUGCUAGUGGGUCAAGCGGCGAUUCUUCCGAUUUGGGCUAUUCUCCGAAUGCCGAAUUGAAAUCCGAUUCAUUGGAUGUCGGUUCGCCAGAGAAGUAUUCACUCACUAGCUCCGACUUGGAUGGUGAUAGAGGAGAGACGUUUCGAAAGCUUUCACAGCAAGACAAUGCGGACAGGAAGAAAGGCGAUUAUCCAGUUCUUAGUGUUACAGCAAAAAUAUUUUUAUUGAAAAAGUACUCUGGUGUGCUCAUUUCUGUAUGUCUGUGAGCAAUGUUUAAUACAACGCAUCAUUUUUAUUAA